AAACCGUUCGUGCUGACCACAUCGAACGGAGCACCGAUAUUCGAAAAGAAAGCCUCGUUGACAAUUGGUCCCCGUGGUCCAAUUCUUCUGCAGGAUGUCAUUUACAUGGACGAGAUGGCACACUUCGAUCGUGAACGCAUCCCAGAACGAGUCGUGCAUGCAAAAGGCGGAGGUCAGUAA